AAGCGAAGGAAGAUACUCGGGACACUCGACCUGCCGCAAAGGCCAGCAAGUGUCGCACCUGCGACCUGGGGCCCACGCACGGCCAACGAUGCAAGCUACUAUUUAAAGAACGUGGCACGUCUGUUGUCGGCUCACUAGUUGUCAAUCUCGGCGUGCGUGCGUGUGUGGGCACGGGAUCGAGUUCCUCCGAAGCAGCCACGAUGGGAUCCCUCCACUUGAUGCUGGCUGCACUGGCCGUCCUCGGCUACACUAUGGCUGUAUCAGCAGCUACCUGUCAGUCGGAUGCCGAUUGUUCUGAAGGUCAGCGGUGCGUUCUACACGCCAACUACUCGAGCAGGGCCAACUGUGAAACCGAUCACCGUUGCAUCGACGUUUCUCCCACAUCAUGCUCGUGCGAGUCUGGCUUCCAAUGCCGGCUCAAGGAUUGCCCUUCGUCACCCUACGAGUGUCUGGUCCUGGAACACCAAGACACCAGAUGCGGAGGGAUAAGCGGUCCACAGUGCGGUCCGGACCAAGUGUGCGGAUACCAGAGGACCGGUUUAGUGUGCAUCAAGUGUCCCUGUUACGGCACCGACCGCGCCGUUUGCGUGGACAAGAAGCCUGGCGUCGAGUGUGGGCCCAACAGCAUCGCACAGGUGAACCCCGACAACAGCUACGCGUGCAAGGGAUGCGCCUCCGCCACCUCUGUGCUUACCCGCUAGCGGCAUCGGUGACUUCACUGAAGACACCACGCAGUGCCCCACUUGCGCCAUUGCUCGAACAGGAAGUCUGUCAUGUUGGGACCGCGUAUCGGCUCUGGACAAAUGUCAUUCAAAUAAAUGAAUGUCGCGUGAUGGUGUGCACGCUUGUGGUAGGUAGUUCUA